AUGGACGCUACCAAGAGGCCUCUGUACAUCCCCCCGCAGAUGGGCCUCUACGCCGAGAAGCACCGUCUUUUCGAAAUGAUGCAGGAUUUGCUGGGAAAUUUGCUAAUCCACCAGCCGGAGAAUCCUCUGGACUUCUUAAUAAGACAGUUAAAAUUCAGCAACUGUGACGCUCCAAGAAUCUUCUUACUUGGCCCUCCAGCCUCUGGAAAAACUACUAUCGCGAUGUGGCUGAGUAAACAAUUGGUAAUUCCCCGGAUUUCCCCAGAGAGUUUGCUAGCCAAUGAAUGGUCAGCCCUCUCGAGCGAAGUGCGCAACUAUUUGGAGAGAAAGCAGAACGUCCCUGACGGCUUGUGGGCCCAGCUGAUUGGGGAGCGCCUGAAGCUUGACGAUUGCCUCUGCAACGGUUGGAUUCUGGAAGGAAUUCCUGACAGCCGAGAAUUCGCCAGGUCCUUACAAGUACACGGUAUCGUUCCUAGACAUGUCGUGGUGCUCUAUGCUCCCGACAUCGUCCUGAUUGAGCGGAAUUUGGGAAAGCGAGUGGAUGAAAUCACCGGAGAGGUGUAUCAUACGACUUUCGAUUGGCCCACCGACGACAACAUCCGCUGGCGUCUGAAGGCCCCUAAAGGCAUCUCUGAAAAGGAGACCGCUCAGAGGCUGCUGGAAUAUCACCGAAACUUCCCGGGAAUAGUCCAGUCCUUUGGGAAGUCCAUCAAGUUGAUCAACGCAGACCAGCCCUGUGCGGACGCCUUCUGGCAAGUUCUGUCACAUGUGAGACAGCCGCCUCAUACGGACAGUCCCUUCUCAGCGCGGAUUCUUCUUUGUGGACCUCCUGGUUCCGGAAAAAGUUUGCAGGCGGCCUUGCUAGCUCAGAAAUACGGGCUCAUCAACGUUUGCUGCGAGCAAAUGCUUAAGGAAGCCGCUACUGGCGACACCAAACUGGGGAAGUUCAUUAAGCCGUACCUGGAUGGAGGAUGGCCAGUGCCAGACAAGGUGGUCAUCAAACUCCUGUCCAGACGGAUCAACAGAGUGGAUUGCUACAUUCGAGGCUGGGUCCUGCAUGGUUUCCCAAAAGAUGAAGACCAAGCCAAACGUAUGCCAGGCGCUGGGAUUUAUCCAAACAGGGUCUUUUUCCUGAACGUCCCAGCGGAAACCAUUCUCGAGCGCCUGUCCUACUCCAUGGUGGAUCCAGUCAGUGGGGAAAGGUACCACACGUUGUACAAACCUGCCAUUACCAAGGAAAUCAAUGACCGCCUGCUGAUUAAUCCAAAGGAGAUGGAACAAACCAUCAGAAGCAAAGUCGACUUGUAUUUCAGGCUUUCUACCAGUCUGGAAGAAUAUUUCGAAGAUGCGAUAUUUAUCAAUGGCGACCAAGACCCCCAGACGAUAUUCGAGUACAUAGAGAGUUACAUGAUCAACCCACUGCCGGUUAAAGAGAUCUGGGAUCUGUAGUAGCUCAGCCUCCGUAGUAAGGAAGCUGAAACUUAACUCUCCAUCUAAGGAGUAAUUUGAAGUUUCUUAAAUAAGGAAGUCCAAGCGAAGCCAUAAACUGAGUUGGAUGUUCUUAAAACUGGAGUCGUUUUAUUUUAGGUUCGUUUCUGAUUUCUCUUCCUGUGUAGAAAGACCAAGCAGCUCUUUUCACACAACCCUCAUGUGAUCCUGCUUAAAGCUGUUUGGAGGAGAAAGGGUGACACUUUUGAAGGACAGGAUAGGUGUCCCCUUCCCCGAAUUAAAUUGUGAUCUGUUUAUCCCUUUGUUCUCCCCACCGUGAAGUUUUAAAAAAAUAUUUGAAUUGUUAAGUGGGAAGAAAGUGGAUGAAGCCAGCGUUUUUUCCUUCACUCCUGCUGUGUUUGCUGAAAAACUCAUUUCUUUCCAAUUUGGUCCCUUGGUUUGGUUUAAAUUGUGCAGAUCACAUUAUUAAAAGCUUGUU